CGGAGAGUGGCGGGAGGCGGCCGGGGCGGAGCCGGCGCCGGCGGGAGGGUCAGACCCGGAAGCAACCGGCCCGGGUUCCCCGCCUGCGUGGCGGCUGAGGAGGAGAAAGAUGAUCUCCAGAUACACCCGGAAGUCGGCUCCGCAGAGCCUGGAGUUGAGAGGAAUUACCAAAAAUGCUCUUAGUCAUCAUCCCCUUCCAGAGCAAUUGGAUGAAAUUUCCCCUAUCAAUGACAGCCAUGAAAAAGAUUCAAGUUACCAGAGUGAAUCUGACAUUACACAAGAAUCACCUUUUACAUCAGCCGAUACUGGCAACUCACCAUUUGCCUUUCGAAGUUACGCGGGCACGGGAAUCUCCACUGAAGGCAGCUCAGACUUCUCCUGGGGAUAUGGUGAACUUGACCGAAAUGCCACAGAAAAAGUACAGUUGUUGUUCACAGUCAUUGAUGAACUUUUAUAUGAGCAAAAGUCGAGCAUCCAUACAAAGGGUCUGCAAGAAGAGUGCCAACAAUGGACGUCUACCUUUCCUCACCUCAGGAUUCUGGGAAAGCAGAUAGUUACUUCUUGUGAAGGUUAUGGAUUGUAUCCUAGGUCUCCAUCAGUGAUUUCAGCCUCACAUGAAACAACAUUGAACCAAGAAAAAGAAUCUACUGUGUUUGGUAUAAGAGGUAAGAAGUUUCCGUUUUCACUUUCCUCUGGACAUAAAGAUGCUUCUGUCUCCAAAUCUCCAAGCCUGUAUUCUGUGGAAAGAGAAGAUGAAGAAGAGGGUGUGAUUGUCUCAGAAGGAAUAAUAGAAGAAUAUCUAGCAUUUGAUACUACAGACAAGGAAGAUAGGUCACAUGGAAGAAAAUUAGACCUGUCUUGUGAGAAAAAAAAACUGGGCUACCCUCCCAUCGCCCCAUUUCAUUGCAUGAAGGAGGAUGUUCUUGCCUACGUGUUCGACAACGUGUGGAGCAAGGUGUUGGGCUGCAUGGAGGAGCUGGUUCGGAGACACUGGGAGGGGUCGGCUUCAGAUGAUGAGAGCAAUGCUUUGACAAUAAGAUCUGAUUCUGGAAGCCCAUGUAUGCCAUAUGAACCUCAGCCAUUGGUGUUACCUCGAGUGCCACAGUCUAAGAUGCUCUCCAUCACGUCAAAUCCAAUGAGUCUCUGUCAUUCAUCCAGUGGCAGUCACCAGCCAAAUGUGAAUGGUUUGUUGGUUCAUGGGAUGCCCUUACAGCCAAGAAAUCUCUCUUUGAUGGACAAACUCAUAGAUUUAGAUGACAAACUACUUAUGAGACCUGGAUCUAGUACCAUCCUUUCUAACCGAAAUUGGCCAAAUCGCACACUGGAGCUCAGUUCUUCUUCUCUAUUAUAUACGGUGCAAUCUGCCAGGAGGCGCAACCCGCCACCACGUACCCUUCAUCCAAUUGGCACGGGUCAUUCACGCUCAGGGACUCCGAGACCCAUGGAUGAAAUCAUCAGAGGAACACGACUCCUCACAGCAGCUGAUUCCUUAUCUUCGUCGCCAAUGUUGCUGAGUCGAAACAACUUGCUUCCCCCAAUUGGCCCCGCUGACAUGGAGCACUUGAGAAGCGCGGGAUCACAGCGGCAGAAGGCCAGUAAAUCCCGAGGCGAUCCCAGCCGAGCGCGCAGUGCGGUGGUGAAUGAGCCCAACCAGCAGCCGCAGGACAGGAUGCUGCUACCCGACUUCUUCUCCAGACCCAACACCACCCAGUCAUUUUUGCCAGAUACACAGUGUCGACGUUCUUGCACCAUUAUUGAUUAUCCUAAUCAAUCCCGGGCUGGAAGGGGGUCUUCUUCAGGUACAACAGGUCUUCAGUUACACGGCAUUGCAAGAUCUCAAAGUCGAGGUGGACCAGUCACUAGAAACAGACAGGGACCGUAGGACAAACCCAAAACCAAAAACUUGCCGUCAGGUGGUUGUGAGCUUCUCUGAGAAUUUUAUGAAUCAGUGUUCAGGCAGCUCAAUGAAGCAAAACUUGUUUACAAGAAAAACUUAAGGCUAUUUUUGUAUAAUCUACUGGAAACAAAACCAUAGUGUCUGCCAAAGAUUGUGUGGAUUCUUCAGAGCAAGUUAAGCUAUUCCACUGGACAAAAGGUAACCCAAGAUGGACCUUCUCCCACUCCCCCAAAAUCACUGCUUAUCUGUCAAGCAGAAUUAUCAAUUUCUGCAGGUGCAUGAAAAGUAGCAGUUGCUUUACUGCUAUAGUAUUAAGCAAUCAUAUUCCCCAAAACAUUUGUUUGUAUUUAAACUCCUGAAAAUAAUUUUUCUUAAUUUCAUGUGAAAAUCGUUAAGACAGUGUUGUUAGAAGGUUGAACUGCCAUUCAAAUGAAAAUCCUAGAGUGCACUCCAAAGUUAGCCAGACUGAUCUCUACGGAACUUGGCCAGAAAUAUUUACUGGGGAUAAAAAUGAUAGUAAAUGAAGACCCAACCGGAAAAUGUUAUGUCAAUAGAGAUAUGGCUUAUUUUAGCUUUUCUGGAAUAUUUCAGUUUACCAGAUAUUUUUUCAAAGUAGUAUUGAUCAAGUUCUAUUUCAGGCAAAAUUGUAUAAACCACUGGAAUUUCCCAUAUUGUUAUUAAUUUUGCUUCAUUUGGGUCAGAUUUCCCUAACACUUGUACUCCCAUUUUGCCAAAUUUUCUUCAACAACAAACACCAGGAGGGAAACAAAUACAUUUCCUUUUUUGGAACUUUGCUGUUUGGCUCCAUCAAUUGAUAGGAUUUUUCAGGUGUUAAAGUCUUAGAACAGAUUGCUUUGGUGAACAAGGGUAGCAAAAGUGAGUAAAGCUGUGAAUUUCACCGAGUUUUUCUGAUGGCUUUUAAAUUUAGAAUUAACAACAAUGGUAUUAAUGUAGCUUAUCUUCAAGAAUUGUUUACAUAGUACUUAAUUUCAUUUGCAACUAAGUCUGAUUAUAUAAUUAGUUUCAGGUCUUAUUGUUUUAAGUUAUCUCUUGAGGAAAAAGAAUUCAUGAAAUCAGUGAGGCUACUUUACUGUCUCCUGUUUCUUAGCAAAAUAGCCAAUGUUACCAUUGUGUCAAAAAGUAUGUGGUGGGGGAAUCCAAACUCCCAUGAAAUUCUAUGUUUUUUAAAUGAAUGCAAUUAAAGAGUAUAUUUUGUAAAUCAUAAA